CCUCCGCCUCCUCCUCCGCCUCCUCCUCCUUGCACGAUCAUCUUCCUCUCGAUAUCUGCUCUCUCUCGGUCGCGUCAUCGCAGUCGCUCGCCGCCUCGCCUCCGGCCCUCCCUCCUUCGCAGCCGCAGCCUCGCCUUCGGCCCUCCAUAGCGGCAUCGCAGUCGCGGCCCUUUGGGUCGCCUUGGUCUCUGUUCUUGCUCUGGCCCUCCGUUGCUCACGGCCUCGCCUCCGCUCCCUCGUCCUCGCCUCCACCCUCGAUUCUCUCGCAGUUCCCGACUCGCGGAGCGUCCGACACAAUACGGGCCUCCGGAGAGUGCCCGUGCUUCAUAGGAUAUAAGGGAUCCAUUAAGGGAAGAUCCCUCUAUGCCUUCUUUCUAGUCUCAUGAGAUUGUGAGUGUGAUCCAACGGGAUAGACUGAUCACACAUUGUAAUCCCUGAAUCAAAUCGAGCCAACAGAGCUGACCUUCUUAAUCUCUCUUUCUUGUUUUUGUCCCCAAGUUCCUGAUAUAUGGUCUCUUCCAAAAAGAAUUACCAUGUGUUCGUGAGUUUUAGAGGCACGGACGUCCGCAACAACUUCCUCCAUGAUCUCUAUGCAGCUCUGAAUCAGAAAGGGAUAUACACUUUUGUGGAUAGCGAGGAGCUUAGGAAAGGAGAGCAAAUAUCACCGGCGCUUAUGAGAGCAAUCGAGGAAUCGCGCAUCGCGAUUAUCAUUUUCUCCGAGGACUACGCUUCCUCACGGUGGUGUUUGGAAGAGUUGGUGAAGAUCAUGGAGUGCAAGGCACAGAAGGAGCUGAUUGUGUUGCCUGUAUUUUACAAAGUGGAACCAAGAGAAGUAAGAUUGGGGAGAAAGGCUUAUGGGAUAGCUAUGACUAAGCAUGAGAAGGAUCCUGAGAAGGAUCGGAAGACAGUGGAGACAUGGAAGAAAGCUCUCUUCGAUGCUGGUAGCUUGUCUGGGUGGACUUGCGAUAAUGGAGAUGAAGCAGAGGUCAUACAAAGCAUUGUAAAGGAAUUACCAAUUCGUCUAGACCGAACACCCUUGGAUGUUGCUAAAUAUCCAGUUGGAAUAGAGUCCCGAGUUAAAAAACUAAAAUCAUUGUCACAAGAAGAGUUGGAUGGUGAUGAUGUUCUCAUGAUAGGUAUAUGGGGACUUGGAGGCAUAGGGAAGACUACGAUUGCUAAAGCGAUAUAUAAUGCUAUUGAAGGACAGUUUCGGGGAGCUAUAUUUUUGGAGCGAGUUAGAGAAACUUCAAAGAAAUGCAAUGGUCUAGUUGAGUUGCAAGAAAAACUUCUUUCUCAAUUACCUCCUAGAAAUCUUUCAGUCUAUAGUGAAAGUGGAGGAAGUAGUUUGAUAAGGGAAAAUCUUCGUCAUAAGAAGGUUCUCCUGGUUCUUGAUGAUGUUGAUGAUUUGCGUCAACUGGAUAUGUUAGCUGGAGGAGGUGAUUGGUUUGGCAAAGGAAGCAGAAUAUUUGUGACAUCAAGGGACAAACAUUUGUUUACUUCUCUUCGUUGCAAAUAUUGUGUGUAUGAAGUUAAACCUUUAGAGGUUGAUGAGGCACUUGACCUUUUUAUUUGUCAUGCCUUUCCAAACAGCCAGAAAGUUGAAAUAAGAAAGGAUAUCAUAGAUAGAGCAGUGCAUUACGCUAGGGGCCUUCCAUUAGCCCUCGAAGUGUUGGGCUCAUUCUUAUGUGGAAGAAACGAACUAGCAUGGGAAAGUGAGCUGCAUAAACUCUCCAAUAGUCCAAAAGAAAAUAUCGAUCAAAUUCUGAAGAUAAGCUUCUAUGGAUUGGAGAAGAAUGAGAGGGGGAAUUUUCCUUGACAUUGCCUGUUUCUUCAAGGGAGAAAGUAUAGAAUACAUCAAAGAAGUUCUCGAUGGCUGUGACUUUGCGACGACUAUAGGAAUAGAAAUUCUCAUUGAGAGAUCCUUGAUAAGAAAUGAGCAUGGGACCCUACAAAUGCAUGAUUUGGUUCAAUUGAUGGGUAAGAAUAUUGUUAUGCAAGAUAAUCCUGGGCAACGCAGUAGAUUAUGGCUUUUUUGAAGAUGUUUUGGACAUUCUAUGUGAAGAAAAGGUAAAAGUUGUUUAUGUAAACAUUGUUAUAUCUCACUUUCAUGUUACUUUGAUUUGGACGGUAUAUUAUAAAUCUCAAUGGAAAUUUUGUAUGACAACUGAAUUUGCUCAAUUAUGGAUAGGGAACGGAAGCAAUAGAGGCCAUAGUAGUGGACUUGCUAACACCAGAAGAGAUAAAUUUGAGUCUUGAAGAGAUAACCAUAGAGGCUGAUGCUUUCAAAAAAAUGAC